GGCGGGAUUUAUCUGUCAGGAGACAGGAAGAGCGAAACGGGGGUUGUGUAGAUAGCGAAUAUAGCUAGACUUGUAGCACAGCACGACGAUCUGCAGCGUUGUUGUACUUUUAUAAUCAUGACAUCUACUCUUGAUGAUAGCGAAAAAGAAAAGGCACGCUCUGUGUCUGUGGACCUUAACAACGACGCUUCUCUCCUCAUCGACAUUCCUGAUGCACUCUGUGAACGUGACAAAGUCAAGUUCACUGUCCACACCAAGACCACUCUGAGCACCUUCCAGAAGCCAGACUUCUCUGUUCCUAGGCAACAUGAGGACUUUAUCUGGCUCCAUGACGCGCUGGUUGAGACUGAGGACUACGCUGGGCUCAUUAUCCCUCCAGCCCCCCCGAAGCCAGACUUCGAGAGCCCAAGGGAGAAGAUGCAUAAGCUGGGAGAGGGAGAAGCCACCAUGACCAAGGAGGAAUACACCAAGAUGAAGCAGGAGUUAGAGGCUGAGUACCUGGCUGUAUUUAAGAAGACUGUACAAGUCCACGAGGUAUUCCUGCAGCGACUAUCUUCUCACCCGAUCCUGAGCAAGGACAGAAACUUCCAGAUAUUCCUGGAGUAUGACCAGGAUCUGAGCGUACGAAGGAAGAACGCCAAGGAGACGUUUGGGAGUUUCUUUAAGAACAUGGUCAAGAGUGCUGACGAGGUCAUCAUCUCUGGGAUAAAGGAAGUAGAUGAUUUCUUUGAGCAGGAGAAGACCUUCCUGCUUGAUUAUUCGUCCAAGAUCAAAGACUCCACUGCCAGGGCAGAGAAGAUGACCCGCUCUCACAAAAAUGUUGCUGAUGAUUACAUCCACAUCUCUGCCACUUUGAACAGUCUCUCUGUCGAAGACAACACCGCACUUAAAAAGCACCUUGAGAAGUUUGCAGACCUGUUUGAGAAACUAAGGAAAGUGGAGGGCAGAGUGGCGUCAGACGAGGAGCUGAAGCUCACGGAGCUGCUCCGUUACUACAUGCUGGACAUCCAGGCAGCCAAGGACCUGUUGUACAGGCGGGCCCGGGCCCUGGCUGACUAUGAGAACAGUAACAAGGCCCUGGACAAGGCCCGGCUGAAGAGUAAAGACAUCACCCAGGCUGAGGAGCACCAACAACAGUGUCUGCAGAAGUUUGACAAGCUCUCUGAGUCUGGAAAAAGAGAGCUGACCAGUUUUAAGGGCAGGAGAGUGGUGGCUUUCCGUAAGAACCUAAUAGAGAUGGCUGAACUGGAGAUCAAACACGCCAAGAACAACAUGGCACUGCUGCAGGGCUGCAUUGAGCUUCUCAAGAGCAACUGAACCUCCUGUCUCCUACCAAUCCUCCCAGACCACCACCCACUGACCGGCUAGCCUGGGUGCCAGUCUGUUUUUUGCGGUCUUGCCAACUCCGUAUGGAACUGUCAUGCAGAACCGUGCCAAUGGCGUAGGCAAAAGCACAAACUGAUCUGGAACCAGGCUACUGACCCAGCCUUUAAGAAGGAAACCUGGAUACCCCUUCCCACCACACUCUACCCCCAGGGGACCUUGGGUUGUGUUCAUUAGGGCACAUGGUAGAAAAACAUACAUUUGCAAAAGAAAAGGAGCCUUUCUUAUUGCACAGGAUUAGAUAGUCCCUCACCGUUUCACUCGAUUUCGGCGCAUUCUGUGCCUAUUAAACACGAUCCUGGGUACCUCCACCCCCAAAUGAUGCCAUUUCAGAAACCUGCACAGGAACCUGCAGCCGUCUGUUUGCAGUCUGUCUAUUUUUUUAGUCUGUCUCAAGGUUUACAUAGUCCCUGCCCACCUGUCAACCCACCUUUCUACUCCGCCUCAUGUCCCAUGGAACACUCACCUUUUGUGAUGCCAGCAAUGCGGAACAGGGAGAAGGUAGCCGCUUGCAUUGUCUUCUGAUAUUCCUCUUCAUCUGGGCGCCUUUGUAAAUUCACUCUGACUAUCUACUCCGAUUUCAGAGCGCUCUCGUCUGUGUGCCAGAAUGCAGAAUAACUGAUGAACGAACGCUCAACACCUGUUGAAUAAUAAGGCUGGUGUCCCUAAACAUUGGCAAAAAAACGUAAUUCAAUUGCUGCACAGUUAGUCACCAACGCUCUAUAACGUGAAAACAGCCUAACCACCUCUGACCACUUUACUUGCCCUAGCAGAGUGAGGUUUUCUAUCAUUUAUGUCUGGAAGUAACUAGCAAGCGAAUUUACUUUAGCCAGUUAGCAAUCUGACAACACUCUGAAUUUCCGAACGCUCCGAGCGCACUCUUGAGGGCCCUUUGGCACUCCAAAGUGAAUUUACGAAUGCACCCAUAGAUUGUGAUAUUUUUUUCUAUUCUGGAUGGAUUACUCUAUCCUUGUAUUGUAUUUUCAAUUUUUAACGAUGUUGAUUGUGGAAUAAUAGCCUCAUUGUGAUGUUUUGCUUGCUUUUCACGGCAUACUCUAACUAACCCCGUCAGGUCCCGCACUUUUAUAUACGUAAACGCAUACAUCUGGGUCGUGUUCAUUAGGGAACUCUGUAGCAAACUGUUUUGCAACAGAACACAAGUGUUUAAUUUAGGUGGAAUUUGGACCUACUAAAUGUAGAUCUGUAGCUUGAAUGUGAAUCUGUAGAGUUUAACUAGGCAGAGUUGUUUCGGAAUAACCUGAGGUUUUUAUAGUGUGGGUAUAGCUUUCUUAUUGCAACUCUACUUUAAACCAGAAAUACUCUGAGGAAUCACAUAGUGAAUAACUGACAACUGAGCUCAGCUACUGCUUCUCUGGUUUGUAAUGGAACAGUUUAAAAUGUCCUAUUCAUUAGGCCACUGUGUAGCAAAACAUUUUGCAAUAGAAAAUUAAAACAAUUUCUUAUUGGACCACUUCAGAUUUUCCUUUGGUUUUGUGCCUAGGGAAUACAACCCAGAUGGAGCAACUGUUCAUAAAGUGGAUGGAAAAGGGAGAGAGAUUAACUUAGUGCCUAAAUAAAGGUCCUUAUGACUGCAUCCCAGUUGUCCACCUUUCUACCAAAGUGUGCACUUGCGCACUCUCGUCCUGGAUUUAAAUACAUUGGGUUGAUAUAAGCAUUGGCUGAUGCGAGUUUCCACCACUGUAAAAUCCAUGACAGGAAGUGGGAGAAGAGUGGAGAAUUGGGACUUAGAUAGAUAGAUAUAUCUCUCUCUCUCUCUCUCUGAGAUUAGUCUGGGCCAAACUCUCAAACCACCAGUAAAGUGAAGUGCUCUUUUUCAUGGUUAGGAACGCUGAGUAGACACGUGUAUCUAUACUGUGUGGAACCACACAGAAAUGCUUUGGCCGUUCCUCAGGAAUGGCUACAUGGCUCUUCUCACAUUCGUCUACAUUACUCCCAGUAACUGGAGCUAAAUUCUUAAGAUUCACAUUGCUUUUGACAAGUUUACUUACACAUAUGGACCAAUAGAUUAUUUUCACCACAGCCCUUGUGAGUGUCAGGACUGGUAGUUGUCCCUUUAUCGAAUUUGACUGCCAAACUUGUGAUGCGUGACUUUAUUUUUACCCCCCACCACCCUUUCUUCAAUCUGCUAUGUCUAGUGAGUGCCAGGGAUCACUGGUUUCUGUACUCAUUGAGUGUAUGUUCAGUGGACUAGUUUGAGUCAGUGAAGUCCACCCGUAGUAGCUAACUACUGUAUACUUAUGAAUCACGUGACACAUUUCCAGCUGUGUGGGUGAGGCCAGCAGCAGGUCCUAGUCCACUCACCCUUCAGCCAGUUGCUCUAGAGAAUUUCCAUGGUAACUGCAUUAUACUCAGAUGUUUCACUUUAAAAUGUAUGUCAAUGUUUAACUUUUUGAUAUUUCCACAAAGUUUACAGAAGCAUAUUUUACAGGAACUGUAGAUAUGUUUGGUAACAGAAUAAAAUAUUUUACUGUAAUUCUGUUACCGAACUUUGCAUCUGCCCAGUUUAUCCAGUAAUGUAUUUAUUUCUCUAAAAUUUAAGGUAGUUGUAUGGUUUGUUAAACUUAAUGGAUUUUGCUUGACAUACAUUUGAAAGUUACCGUAGGAUUGCGCUCUGUCAAGUCAUCCCAAUCAUUACAUUGCAUAUGUAGCCUGGUCAGCUGGGAAGCUUCAUGCAUUAUAUAGUUAACAUUAAGCAAGCAUCAAGCACUAGACUUAUGUUGGCUAUUGGAGAGUAACUCUGGUCCUAGCACUUAUUCAGAGGAGUUUGACUGACUCAUGUCCUUCAGCAUCUGCUUGAAGCUGUUUGUUUCAAUUCUAGAAUGUUCUGCCCUAAGUGUGCACUUGUUCACUGCCCUUCAUGAAUUUGAAAGAGUCUGACAUGCUUAUACCAAUCCAAUGUUUUUAAUUGUGAUGAGGACGAGUCUACACUGCCAGGAUAAUUGUGAUGCAGAGAGGAGACUACAUGACUGUGCACUUCAUUGAUUUCCUGUUUACCAGUGGCCUACUCCACCUGCUUAGAGCAACACUAACCUAACCAAUCCCCUUGCUUCUUACUGCUGAUGCACUAUUUGUUUUUAAGCAAUUAAGUUUGGCGUUGCCUAUUUCUCCUAUUGCUUUUUGUUACUGACAGAACCUUUGCUAGUGCUAAACUAGCCUGGGUACCAGUCUGUUUCUGCCCUCUUGCAUACGAUUGGAUAUGGAUAUACGAUUGCCUGGUCUGGCUUUACUAUGACAGCAAUGGUGUUGGCAAGAGGACUAACAGAUCAGGGACCAGGCUAUGCCUACACUCAUUAACCUGUGAAAUGGAAAGGGUUCAUAUUGAAACAAAAAUGAUUGAAUUCUUUGAAUUGCUUAAGAAACUAAUGAGAUAAUGCACUAUGAAGGUGGUAGAUACUUAGCAAUCAUUUCCAAGCCCAGAGAGCUGUGUUUAUAAUGAAAUAUGAAAUGGUUUUUGCUAAUUGAAUGUAUUUCUAAUGGAUUACAACUGUGUGAAAUACUUCUUUACCUAGUUCUUUUUCUUACGGAGUGUCUACAUUUAAAAAACGAAAUGCAAUAAUGACAUUAAAUAAAUCCUACUUUCCCAAAAUA